AUUAUGUCUCGAACUUGAGUGUAUCAAGGUUUUUGUGGAGUACUUUUCACUCGGCAUCUAGAGUUAUAAUUUGAUAUGUCAAAUGGUUAGGUAAUGCGCUGUAAGAGAAGUGUGUUUUCAGUGUCACAGGGAGAGUUGAUUGGGUAAUGCUAGACUGUAACGUUAGCUAGCUACAAAGACUCUGUUUUUCUGUUUCAGUGAGCAUUUUUGAGAGGAGCUACUUUGUUGAGGCUGUUCGACACAUAUGCCGAUAUUAGUCUUGAAUAAUUUGCGAUUAUUUUUCUGUUAUAACAAUGGCGCAGUCUAGCAAGCUCUCCUGCCUCCAGUUCGCCGCUAAUCCAAUGGCUGCAUGCGCGAGGAGGCCAGGGGUGGGAACGGAACACUCUUUACUGAAACGCGCUUCAUGGUUAGCUGGGUCUACGAACUGAUCAGCCUCCUGUUCGUGAACAGUUCAGAGACGUCAGAGUCGACGAGUACGAUGUUCUGUUUCCUACGUGGUUGCCUAAGCAAUGGACGGAGAUUUGGAGUCCAGGUCAGAUGUAGAGGGCGGUGGCUUGGCCCCAGAGGAGCCGCAGCAGCUGGAGGAGGAGCCCAUGGAGACCACUCCCCCAGAGACCCAGGACACGCCCACGCCCACAGAGGCCUGUGACGACGGCAGCACAGAGGUGGUCGCCACGGUAACGGCCGCGCCCAAGCCAACGGAGGACAAUGACGACGACGUGGUACUGGUGGAGGAUGUCUCUCCUUCUGGUCAGCAGGGGCCCAUCAGCCCCGCCCCCUCAGGUGGAGACGCUGCUGCCACGGCGACCGAAGCCACAGACUGCACAGAGCCCGCUGCCACGGCAACAACACAGACGGCAUCUUCCAUGGCCUCCGCCUCUCCUCCUCCUGCUGCUGCUGCUUCUGAUGCUGAUGCUGAUGCUGCUUCUGAUGCAGCUGCUUCUGAUGCAGCUGCUUCUGAUGCUGAUGCUGAUGAUGCUGCUGCUUCUGAUGCUCUUGCUGAUGCUGAUGCUGCUGCAACAACGAAGCCCCAGAGCGAGCCCAUUGUGAUAGAUGAUGAAGAGGAGGCCGAGCAGAGGGGCUCCUCCUCCUCCUCCUCCUCCUCCUCCUCUUUGUCGACCUCACAGCAGGCUCAUGCAGUGCCCUUGAGCAGCACGGAGCCCGACUCGGAGAUCAAGAUUGCCAGCGUUACCACGCUGGGCACCCCCGCCUCUGCCUCUUCCUUGUCCUCUGCUUCCGUUUCUGGGGGAGCUUCGGCGGUUGCCGCGGCGACAGCAGUGGCAGAAGCAGCAGGCUGUGUGUCGUCUUCAUCGCUGGCGACGAGCCCUCAGGGAGACAUGAACCUGAUGAUCACCAGCGUGACGUCACUGCAAGGGGAGGGGGCGGAGAACGGCCUGCAGAUCAGCAGCACGUUCAGCCUCAACCCAGAUGCUCAGCAGAACCAGACUCAGAACCCAGCCCAGCCCCAGACUCUGGGAUCCUCCAGCUCGGCCACCAGCCGGCCCUCGCCAACCUUUAACCCCGGCCGCGUCAGCUCCAGCUCCGCCACCCAGCCCGUGCAGAAUGGAGAGACGGGCACGCACCCAAGGCCAGACUCUUGGAUCUCGCAGUCGGCGUCGUUCCCGCGGAACCAGAAGCAGCCGGGCGUGGACACCCCGUCUCCGGCCGCCUCUCUGGCCAAGCCGCCCGGUCAGUCGGGCUCGGGCUCCCAGCAGCCCCCGCGCACCGUCAAGGUGACGUGCGCCAACUGCAAGAAGCCGCUGAAGAAAGGUCAGACGGCGUACCAGCGCAAGGGCUCCUCGCACCUCUUCUGCUCCACGCCGUGCCUCUCUGCCUUCUCCCACAAACCCCAGCCCAAGAAGAACUGCACCAUGUGCAAGAAGGACAUAACGAGUAUGAAGGGCACCAUCGUGGCCCAGGUGGACUCCAGCGAGUCCUUCCAGGAGUUCUGCAGCACCGGCUGCCUGGCGGCCUACGAGAAUAAGCAGGUCCCCCCCAAGAGCGCCAUCAAGACCAAGUGCACCGUUUGCGGAAAGCUCACGGAGGUGAGUGCUUCUGUAGGUGCCAACGCUGCGAAGGAGAUCCGACACGAGGUGAGCUUCAAGAACGUCACGCAUAAGAUCUGCAGCGAUGCCUGCUUUAACCGCUACCGCAUGGCCAACGGUCUGGUAAUGAACUGCUGCGAGCAGUGCGGCAACUACCUGCCCAACCGCGCCACCGCCAACCAUUACCUGCUGGUGGACGGCCAGCAGAAGCGCUUCUGCACCCAGAACUGCAUCCGCGACUACAAGCAGGCUCACGGUAAGAUGACGGCGUGCACCGGCUGUAAGACUCUGUGUCGCUCGUUCGACGUGACCCAGUGCAUCGGGGCUACGGGAGCCAUGGAGCCCUACUGCUCCACCGCCUGCAUGAACAAGACCAAGGUGUCUGUGUCUGUGUCUGCCCCGCAAAAUGUUGAGCCCUCGUGUCACUUCUGUAAGAGGAACGCGUUGCCCCAGUAUCAGGCCACUCUGCCCGAAGGGAAGGUCUUAAACUUCUGCAGUUCACAUUGCGUCACCAAGUUCCAGAGCGCUGCGGUUCAGACUUCCACCAACGGCCAGGCUCCUCUCUCUGUCGCAGGCAACAACAUCCAGCUCAAGUGUAACUACUGCCGUGGAGCUUUCAGCCUCAAGCCAGAGACCCUGGAGUGGGAGACUAAAGUGUACCAGUUUUGCAGUAAGACGUGUUGUGAGGACUAUAAGAAACUGCACUGCAUCGUGGCCUUCUGUGAGUACUGUCACGAGGAGAAGACGCUCCAUGACACCGAGAAGUUCUCCGGCGUCAGCAGGCCCUUCUGUGGCGAAGGCUGUAAGCUGCUGUUCAAACAGAGCUUUGCGCGACGUCUGGGUCUGAAGUGCGUCACCUGUAACCACUGCAACCAGAUGUGCAAGAAAAGCGUCACCAAGCUGAUCGACAACGUCUCCAGGGACUUCUGCAGCGAGCCCUGCGCCAAGAAGUUCCACGACUGGUACUACAAGGCGGCACGCUGCGACUGCUGUAAGGUGCAGGGCAGCCUGACGGAGUCUGUGCAGUGGAGGUCAGAGAUGAAACACUUCUGUGACCAGCAGUGUCUGCUGCGGUUCUACUGCCAACAGAACGAGCCCAACAUGGCCACGCAGAAGGGCCCGGAAAACACAACCAUAGGAAUUGGUGUGCAGACACAGGGAACAAAGGUGACGCUGUUCAACCAGGGCCCAGUGUCGUACGCCGGCGGAGGGAUCCUGAAAGACGUGAAGAACAAGGCGGUGCUGUGCAAACCCCUCACCAUGACCAAGGCCACCUACUGCAAGCCGCACAUGCAGAGCAAGCAGCUGCAAACAGAUGAGGCAGGACUGGACGAGCUGGUGAAGAAGGAGUACAUCCCUAUCCCUAUCCCGGUGCCCGUCUACGUGCCUGUGCCCAUGAACCUCUACGCCCAGGCCAGCCCCACGCCCAUCACCAUACCCGUCCCAGUGCCUGUGCCAGUCUUCCUGCCCACCACGUUGCAGAAUGUGGAUCAGAUAGUGGAGGCCAUCAGUGCGCUCAAGGCCAAGCUGCCCCCUGGCCUGCUGCCCACAGAGGACAUAAAGCCCGACCUCAUAGAGGUGAAGUGUGAGGAGGAGAACUCGUCGGGAGCAGAACAACUGGUGAAGAGAGAACGUGUGAAGAGUGAGGGCGGCGGCAGCAGCAGCAGUGAUGGCAGCAGUGGCAGCAGCUCGGAAGAGGAAGAGGAGAAGGAGAAGGAAGAGGAAGAGGGAGAGAAGUACGAGCCCGACCUGGACCUGGAAAACGACUUCCCAUUAGCCUCGGAGCCAGUGCCUGUGGUGGAGGGGCUAGAUGCAGAGAUGGGGUUCACUCUUCCCCCUGUGUUGGCCGAGGAGAAGGAGGAGACGCCCCGACCCAGAGUCAGACGGAAGGGAGUGAAGCGGCAGGCGGUGGAGGAGGGCUCCCCUGCUCCCGCGUCCCCGUGCGUGGAUGAGGACUCUGGGGAGGGCGCCAUCCCCCUCAGGCCUCGCUACGGGCUCAAUGCCUGGAGGCGGUGGGUCGCCGCCAGCGCUUCCCCACAGGAAGCAGACGCCCCCGCACAGGAUGGACCCAAACGAGGUGCGCGGGUGAAGAGUAACCUGCUGUCCCUGAAGGCAUCGCGUCUGAGCCAGGCACUCUCCCGCUUUGUCCGAGAGGUGCGGCGGCCCAACGGAGAACGCUACGCUCCCGACAGCAUCCUCUACCUCUGCCUCAGCAUCCAAAAGCACUUGCAGGACAAAGGGAGGACGGAUGACCUCUUCAGUGACCCCUGUUACAGGCAGUUUGGGGAGGAGCUGAACAAGAUCCUCAAAGACUGGCAGCCCAGUGUGUUACCCGACGGUUCUCUAUGGGGACGUGUGCAGGAGCAUUGCUUGUGGGACAGCGGCCUGCUGGGGAAGCAGAGCCCUGUAGCGCUCCUGCGCUCGCUCGUGUACCUGAACACGAAAUACUUCGGCCUGCGCACGGUCGAGCAGCACCUGCGCCUCUCCUUCGCCAACGUCUACGGGCCGAGCCGCACCGACCCGCUCACGCAGGAGGUCUCCGUCUGCAUACGCGUCCCCUCCAUCUCACAGGACGAGCACCAGGUACAAACAGGAAAUAAGAGGAAACGGCAACAGAAUGACUAUGAGCCCGAUGAUGGGUCGGGAGGCUCCACCCACUGUCCGGUGAAGAAACAUGAGAGUCGCCUUUAUGAGGUCUAUCUGUCUAAGUGCCCUGUGUCUAUGCGCCAGAGAGCAGACCUCUUCUACAUGCAGCCCGAGGCGUCGGGCGGCGACGGUGACGACUGCGGUGACGGUGACGACUGCGGUGACGGUGACGGUAACGGCCCCCUGUGGUACAGCAGCACACCGCUGGACAGGAGCGUGCUGGAGAGCCUCCUCAUCCGCAUCCUCCUGGUCAAGGAUGUCUACCAGGAGAACCACCCCGAGGAGGAGGAGGAGGAGGAGGGAGACGGCGAAGACAAAGAGAAGCAAAAAGAAAUGGAGGGCGGGAUGGAUUAACCCCCCCCCCCCCCCCUUCAGAAUAGCCCCUGCUUCCCCUCCUCCCUCUGCCCCCGUCUAACGGUCACUACACGUCUGUCGGCACC